CAUCGAAGUCCGGGCAUUUUCGCAUAUUACAGUAACCUACAAAUCCACAAGUCAUUAAGCAUUUCUGUAGAGAUGUCUCUUACAGCACCUUAUACCAAUGCUAUGCGCAUUGGGCAGGGCUUCAACACUUACACCCAGGAAAUUCGCCUCGAUAAUGCUGUUCGGGUUGGCCCAGCUCCAUCCUCCCAGAAAGUGGACGAGAAGUUGGACUCGACGACCAGCAAAUCACCAUUGUCACCUCCGGUAACGCCAAAUGCUACCACAAAGAACGAUCCGAUCCAAGACCUUAAUGGACUACACGAAACAUCGUUAACAGUUCCUUCACAAUCAAAUACACCCGCUCCGGACUUGGGAAGCGCACUCAGUGUGCUCUCGGCACCUGGAGAAGAAUUACCAUUUGAGAUCAAUGGGCCAACGCCGACAACCAGCCAGAGUGUGACAUACUCUACAAGGGCAAUCGAGAAUGUAUCCGAUAUUAUGGAUGCCCUCAAUAUCUCUACCUCGAUGAGUAUUAAAUAUGGCACCAUCCACGGCAACGGAAACGCUUCGUUUGUCAAUGAGAACAAGGUGUUAGAAAGCGAACUUAACUAUGUAGUAAGCGUGAUGGUCAAUAACGAUGCCCGAGCUAUCAAAAAAGACAUGGAAUUCCAGGAUAUCUCUGGCCUUCCGUUGGACCGCUUCACUGAAGUCUACGGCGAUUCAUUCAUUUCAGGGUUCAUGGAGGGUGGGCAAUUCAACGCAAUCAUCUCAGUCAAGCUGAGCGACAAGAGCAAGUACAAAUCGGUCAAGCAAGCAGUCGACGUGCAACUCGCUGUCGGUCCACCGACGCUUGAAAUCGGUGCCAGCGAAGCGGUUUCGAAGGAGCACAGUGAAGCACUACGAAAUACAGAAAUUUCUAUCUCGGUGAAUUGGGUUGGAGGGGGUGAGAUCAAGCGACCUCAGGUACCCUGGACAAUCCAAAGCGUCGUCGCUGUCGCGAAUGCUUUCCCAUCAAUGGUAUCACGCUCAUCAGCACGAACGCAAGCCAUUCUCACCAGAUACUCGUCUCUGAGGUCAUUCCAGGCUUGGAAAUGGGCCCGACUCAUCGAACAACGAGAUCUAUGGGAUAAAGAUCCUGCUCAUCAGAAGGGGGGUGAGCAAAACAAGGAUGGAAACGCACGAUAUGAAGAGCCCGUCAUCAUUCUCAAUUACGUGCCCUGCUCGCUGUACACUGCUGAGCUUUUCGAUGCCUUGAUGAAGUACAAGAAACUUUGGAAACGCAUCGGAGACAUACUCCACAACCCUUCCCAGUACAAGCUACGCCCGGCUCCGCGUGUAUUGCCACCAAAAGCAUUGCAUUCGCCGGACAAGGUUGUUGCAAAGCAGGUUUUGUCUCCAUUGCAGACCAGAGAUGCUGCAAAGAAGGUUGUGGGCCCUAAUCAAGUACCGGAUGGUUCACCGUGCGAGGAUGGUACUGAUGCCCUUGGUAUCGACCGUGCUUUUACAUUCGCUGUUGAAGAAGGAGCGGUAGGAUGGAAUCUGAUUGAAAACAACCUACGACAAGAUCCGAUCGCACCAGAACCGGUGGCCUUGAAUGAAGCACGUUUGCUUUGCCGUGAAGCAAUGACGCUGAUUACUGAAGAGGCUUCGCGACUCGUGGACCACCCUCAUUUGGCGUACGCGCAGUUCUCGCCAACGACGAAGUCCACGCGCAUGAAACGCCCAAACUAUGCAUACCCUGAGGUGCUUGCGCAACGCCUCCCGAUACCCAUUCACAACGACAUCCUCUCCGAUCUUUCUACGGAUGGCGCCUACCUCAAGACGAUUGCUUUUGCGCGUUCGGGCGAAGAUGACAUGUGGUUUGAGCCGGACAUGGUCGGCGACCCCAAGGCCAGCGAUGACGAUUUCAAAGAAAAGUUCGGCAUGGGAGGACGAUACGAAGAUUUCAGUACACUGGAACUGACAGAGCCGAGAGGAAGCAAAGGUGCGAAUCCGUUGCGCAGAAUCUCUCUGCACAAAUACACUCUCUCAUCGCUCAAAAGCUGGAUCGCAUCUUCGCAUCUCAAGAAUGCCGAGAACGCAGUGGGUGCCCUUGGAUUCGCACUUGUGCAUGCUUCCCCAGACCGCGAAGAAGUGCGCGCGGAUGGCUGUACCCAUCACCUCGGAGACACCCACUUCCACUCUUCCUCUGAAAGCAGCAAUUUCAAAGCCCUCGAUCUCGGCAAUGUCGAUGUUACAAAGAUUGAGAUAGCUUAUAUCCCGGGCUCAGGAUACAUCUCCGGAAUCACAUUCUACGAUCAUGUAGACGGCCAAGAGACGGCGAGAUUGUCGUGGAGACAGUGGGAAGGGAAAGAGCCGCCAGGCUUGGUCAGAAAGAUCAAUGAACCACCAGAGAGGGGGGAUGGAACAGUUUGGCAAUUCGUUGGCCUUGCUGGAAGCUGGGUGGAUACCAUGGGGAAGGGACAUCUGCUUGCUAGGCUCAGCGGAAUUUGGAAGAAGAACGGGGAGUGA